UAAUCCAAUGGAUGUGCUUGAAGGUAUUCUUACUUGGUCUCAAGCUGAAAAAUAUCGAAAUGGAGCAGUUCUGGCAGAGCAGACAUCAUUUCUGGCUGAUCAUAAUGACAAGAGCAGUGGCACUGAUGAUAUCAAACUGGAAUCAAGUUUUAGCUUGAGGAGGCAAAGAAAGUACUCAUGGGGAGAGCAAAAGGAUAUCGUGGAGUGUGUGGUGAGACAUGGAGCUUAUGGUCUGUUAAGGGGUACUGCUUUCUGGAAGAUGAUGGAAGAAAAAAUGGUGUGCAACAAAAGGACGUGGCAAUCCAUGAAGGAGCAGUUCUUCAAGAAGAUCCUGCCAGACAUCGAAUCAUUCAACCUUUCUGAAUCUCAGAUCAGCAGGUUCAAAAAUCUGAAAAGCAGUAAUUCCUUGAGACAUUGGGAAAGACAAAGCUUGAAGAGUAGUGCAUUAGAAGAACCUAGCGAUCAGCUCAACAGAAAUGCAAAUUAUUACACAGAAGCCGAAGAUAAAGCUUUGCUUAACUUUGUUGUGCAGCGAGAGAGGUAUAGUGAAACAGGAGGAGUGCGUCUAUGGAAGUUGAUGGAACGAAAGCAGGUGCUACCUGGUCGUUCUUGGCAGUCCAUGAAGGAGAGAUAUCGUAAAGUUCUUACAAGGAAACUGGACCAGUAUCUGCCCAGUGAUGUUGUGAACCAGAUCAUGAAAGCUGAAAUAAGAGGGUCUAAAUGGAAGAUGAAGAAGCGGAAACCAUCAGUUGCAGCUUGCAUGCUUUCACCGCGGAGCCAUGAAAUUUAUAGCAUGCAGAUGACAGAACCAGAAUCAGAUAUAAGCAAAACUCAGCCGAACUGUCUGGCAUUGGAUUGCACAUGUUGUUCCAAUAGUAGUACAAAUACAAGCAUUAAAUCUAUAAAGAGUACUGUGCCUGUGGUUUCAGGUACCCCAAACAAGAGGGAACCUCCAAAAAAUCCCAUUCACAGUCCUAAACGUAAGCUUUUUUCACAGAGGAAAUCUCUAGUUGAGUUCACACCAGUAUCUGAAGAUAAGAGAAGGAAACAGUCAUCAAAAUAUAUAUAUAAGCCAAACUUGCAAAUUCAUCAUCUUACAAAAGGGAACAGGAAAAGGGAUGCUAAAGGCUGCAACAGGGUCACCAAAGUAGCUGCAGUUGCAAAUGCACAAAAAGAGUCGCAACCCAAUGAAGAUAUGGCACCUUAUGGUACAAGGAAGUCAGAUGUGGUGGUAUGUAACACAAAAUGUACCUGCCAAGGUAUAGGUACACACCAGAAAAAUUCAGGUGGGUCAUUUGCAGAGGAAAUCACAAAUAAGGAAUCACAUACAUUAGUAAGUGAGGGAGAUUUAUUAAAAUUAAGAGGUGCCUCGGAGAACUCUAUAUUAGAUGACAAUGUAGUGCAUAUAAAUAAUGAAGCUAACAAAAAUUACCAGGAACUUCAGAUCAGUCGUACUCGUGUUGAUUCCUUGAUGUGUUUACUUAGAUCUUCAAGCAGUGAGUCUCAUUUGGACAUUAUAUCUGGGGAAGAAACAGAAUUUGAAUUAAAUGUGCCUACCUGUCCUGAUUCAGCCCAAGAAAUUUUACAUGUUCAUGAAGAAGAAAUGGGAAGCAAUGAUCUAUCUUUUGGAGUACAAACUGCAUUGAAUAAAAAAGGCAAAAUAAAUGGUAUGUCAGUUGAAGGUGGAAAUGAAGGGGAAACACUAAAUAAUCAUGAGCGUAUAUCAGAUAAAAGGGAGGAAGGACAGGGGACGUCAUGUGCACAUAUUUUAAAAGAUAGGAGUGUAAUGGAAGAACUGUCAUGUGGCAAGCCCCAAGACAAGGAAAUAUCAGAGAAGUCUUCAUGUGAACUAAACCUUGCAGACUCGUCUUAUAAGCAAUCAUUAUUGAAAAAUGAUCAUUCUAUUCACAAAGUAACAGUUUGCCCCAAAACACAGUCUGGCGAUAAACAUUCUGUUACCAAAUCUCUCUCCCAAAGUAGCUGUUUUGAGGGAUGUGAAAGUCAUUCUUGCAUUCAUGAUAAUACAUUGAAUGGUGAAGAUAUUGGUUCUAGGGAAAAUGGACCUAAUAUUUUAUUAUUAAAACACAGUAUUCCUGAUUGUCAAAACAGUAAUGGAAAGUUAACUGAGACAAAUGGUAAUGAGGGAGAGGAAGUUGAUGAAGAAUGCAUAGAGAAAUACUUAAACUUAAAUCUUAUGCAGUCAUGGAGAGAAGAGAAUGAAAUUGGCAAUGGUAAAGUAGGUACAGAUGGUAACAGGGAAGAUGGCAGUGAUAUUCCAAUCCCUGAUAUGUAUAAAGUAUAUGGGGAAAACGGAGCUUAUUUAAAUGUUUCAAAUUCCAUUAAAAAUAUACUGAAUGAUAGUGUAUGUAUAUUCAAAGAUAAUCAGUUUGAAAUUCUGGACAUCCCAGACUUCAUUUCUAUAAGAGCAGAUGGAAACCAACAGGAAUCUGGCACUGGAGAUAGUGAACAUGGAAGUAAAGAAACACCUAGAACCAGAAUUGUGUCUGCAAAUAGCAGCAGAACUACAGAUAAUACUAAUCAUGAUAUACUUCUUGCACAACCGGAUGCCACAGUCAGUCACUCUACUAAAGUUUUGUAUCAUCCAGCAGGAAAGAAAAUUCCCUCAGUUAGACAGAAUAGACAUACUGUGUGUACAGAACUUGGAGAAGAAAGGCUUAUUGGUCCUUUACCUACAGAAUCAGAUAAGAAAUCUGGACAAAAUCAGACACAGGCAGCAUUACCGAAUGGUCUUGGGACUGGACAGACUAUAGAAACAAGGUGUAAUAACAAGUCUUUAAUUUCUGGUAGAAACAAUCAAAAUGGAAAGUUCUUGUUAUCUACGCAAGUAACAGAAAAUGAUGAUAAACAUCUGUUAGAAGCAGACAGUAGUUUGUUGAAAUCUGGCAAGAAUACCAUCAUCAAGAAAUGUAAACAAAAUAAGGAUUGUGUUAGUUCAAUUCAUGCAAAGGAGAAAAUUUUAGAUGACUUAUUGUCACAAAGACAGGGAGCAACCAGUGAAUCACGCUGUACAGGUUUUGCUGCACAAACAAUGGAUGCCACUAGUGAGUGUGAAGAAGUUAGAAACCUGGAACAGCCAGUGUCAUCAGAACACCAGGGGAACUCAACUGACUGGUUUGAGUCAAGUACAGACAAUUCUGAUUCGCCAGUUCAAGAAUCAGGCUCCUCGGGACAUGAUCUGCACGAGGCCUGCUGCAGCCUGACAGCCAGUACUAUAUCCACAGAUGACAGCUGUGCUAUGUUCAGUCAUUCUAAUGCAUAUAAGAAACUGAGGAAGAAGCGAUGGAAGGAAACUGCAGACUGUUCAAUUUGUGACAGAACUCAGAACAUGGAACCUUGUAUGCCUGAUAUAUGAUGCUAUAACCAUAAAUAUCAGUUACGAAAGGUUAUAUUCAUUUUGUAUAAAACAGUACGCAACCAUGAUACGUUACUUCGCAUGUUAUGUACUUUUAAGAAGCCAUAGCAGAGAAGAGGUCUGCAUCAGCGCUGAUGGAAGUGUCAGUCCUCACGAUGCUAAAAUGAAUAUGUUUUGUUGCUUACUGUAGCAUAAAGUGAAUGUAUGAGGGAGAGUCAGUAAAUAGGUCACAAAUGGAAGUAAAAAUAGCUGUAAUGGAAGUAAUAGGUUUUC